CUUGCGUCCCCGCGUGUGUGCGCCUUCUCUCAGCUGGUCUGCCCGAGACCCCCUGAGCGUGAACCUUAGUUCCCCGCGCGGCGCCAUUUCCACUCCGACAAGGUACAGAAAAAAGGCCGUGGACGCCGGCGUGGGAGGAGACCGGGAGUUGGGGGUGGGGCGGGCGUUUCCCGGCAGGAGCGAGGCAGGGAGGGGACGGACGGAGCUGAGGAAAGCGAUGCGACGGACGGGCGCUCCCACCCAGGCGGACUCUCGGGGGCGAGGGCGAGCCAGGGGCGGCUGGCCCGGGGCCGAAGCGACGCCCUCUCUCCCUCUCGGCGGAAGCCGAGGACGGGAGUCUCAGAUGAAAGAAACAAUCAUGAACCAGGAGAAACUCGCCAAACUGCAGGCACAAGUGCGCAUUGGUGGGAAAGGAACUGCUCGUAGGAAGAAGAAGGUGGUUCACAGAACGGCCACAGCAGACGAUAAGAAACUGCAGUUCUCCUUAAAGAAGUUAGGGGUGAACAACAUCUCUGGUAUUGAAGAGGUGAACAUGUUUACAAACCAAGGAACAGUGAUCCAUUUUAACAACCCUAAAGUUCAGGCAUCCCUGGCAGCAAACACCUUCACCAUUACAGGCCACGCUGAGACAAAGCAGCUGACAGAAAUGCUUCCCAGCAUCCUCAACCAGCUUGGUGCAGACAGCCUGACUAGUUUAAGGAGACUGGCUGAAGCUCUGCCCAAACAAUCUGUGGAUGGAAAAGCACCCCUUGCUACUGGAGAGGAUGAUGAUGAUGAAGUUCCAGAUCUGGUGGAGAAUUUUGAUGAGGCUUCUAAGAAUGAGGCAAACUGAAUUGAAGCAACUUCUGAAGAAGGUGAUACUUGCAGAAAUUACAGGAGCUGCUAUUUUAUAUCAUGACUGCUUUUUAAAAUUUUUUUGUUUAUUAUGGAUCUGAUAAAAUCUAGAUCUCUAAUAUUUUUAAGCCCAAGCCCCCGGACACUGCAGCUCUUUUCAGUUUUCGCUAUACCUAAUUCAUUCUUUGCGGCAAAUAAAGCUGAAGAAGCCUGGGAAUAAAGUUUGGAAAGGGUUAAUAAAAUUCUUUGCCUAGUA